GACGGGGUCUGGGGGACAGGGGACACUCGGUGACAGGGGUCAGGUGGCUUGGGGACACCAGCGACAGCUUUGGGGGGACCCAGUGACACAGGGGGACACCAAGAGUUUGGGGGUCCCCAAAUCUUUAGGGUCCCUUUGAGGACCCCAAAUAUUUUCGGGGUCCCCUCAAGAGUUUUGGGGUGUCCCCAACGCUGAAGGACCUUGAGGUUCCUCAACCCUGCCCACCCACCGUGGGACCCCCAAAAGUUUGGGGUCCUCCAACAUUGGGUCCCCAAUAUUUUAGGGUUCCCCUGAGUCCUCCAAGUCCCACUGGGACCCCAAAUAUUUUUGGGGUCCCCUCAAGAGUUUUGGGUGUCCCCAGUGCUGAAGGACCUUGAGGUUCUGAGCUUCCUCCAACCCUGCCCACCCAGUGUGGAACCCCAAAAGUUUGGGGUCCUCCACCAUUGUAGACCCCCCCAAUAUUUCAGGGUCCCCCCAAAUCUUUAGGGUCCCAUUAGGACCCCAAUAUUUUUGGGGUCCCCUCAAGAGUUUUGGGGUGUCCCCAACGCUGAAGGACCUUGAGGUUCUGAGGUUCUUCCAACGUUGUAGACCCAGUGUGGGACCCCCAAAAGUUUGGGGUCCUCCAACAUUGCAGACCCCCCCAAUAUUUUAGGGUCCCCCCAAAUCUUUAGGAUCCCUUUAGGACCCCAAAUAUUUUCGGGGUCCCCUCAAGAGUUUUGGGGUGUCCCCAGCGCUGAAGGACCUUGAGGUUCCUCCAACAUAGACGCACUGUGGGACCCCCAAAAGUUUGGGGUCCUCCAACAUUGGGUCCCCCAAUAUUUCAGGGUUCCCCCAAAUCUUUAGGAUCUCAUUAGGACCCCAAAUAUUUUCGGGGUCCCCUCAAGAGUUUUGGGGUGUCCCCAGCGCUGAGGGACCUUGAGGUUCUGAGGUUCCUCCAACGUUUGAGGUUUCCUUCCAAAAGUUUGGGGUCCUCCAACAUUGGAUCCCCCAAUAUUUUAGGGUUCCCCUGAGUCCUCAGGGUCCCACUGGGACCUCCAACAUUUUUGGGGUCACCUCAAGAGUUUUGGGGUGUCCCCAACGCUGAAGAACCUUGAGGUUCUGAGGUUCUUCCAACAUUGUAGACUCAACGCGUGACCCCCAAAAGUUUGGGGUCCUCCAACAUUGCAGACCCCCCAAUAUUUUAGGGUUCCCCCAAAUCUUAAGGGUUCCAUUGGGACCUCCAACAUUUUCGGGGUCCCCUCAAGAGUUUUGGGGUGUCCCCAACGCUGAAGGACCUUGAGGUUCUGAGGUUCCUCCAACGUUUGAGGUUUCCUCCUAGAAGUUUGGGUCCUCCAAUAUUGCAGACCCCCCAAUAUUUUAGGGUUCCUCCGAAUCUUUAGGAUUCCAUGGGACCUCCAACAUUUUUGGGGUCCCCUCAAGAGUUUCGUGGUCUCCCCAACGCUGAAAGUCCCUCCGUAGAACCACCAGAAGCUCCCCCCUCCCCUCUGAGCCCCCCCAGGACCCCCGGGGUACCCCCCAAACCCCCAGGCUGCCCUCGGUGCCCUCGGCCCCGCCCGUGCCCCGUCCCGGGGGCGCCGCGGGCAUGGGGGAGCCGCGGGGCUGCUGCGAGCGCGUGGCCAUCAACGUGGCCGGCCGGCGCUUCGAGACCUUGGUGCGGACGCUGCGGCGCUUCCCCGACACCCUCCUGGGGGACCCCCGGCGCCGGCGCCGCUUCUUCGACCCCCAGCGCCGCGAGUACUUCUUCGACCGCCACCGCGGCGCCUUCGGGGCCGUGCUCUACUAUUACCAGUCCGGGGGGCGGCUGCGCAGACCCCCCGACGUCCCCCUGGACGUCUUCUUGGAGGAGAUGAGGUUCUACCAGCUCGGGGAGGAAGCUGAGGAGCGGCUGCGCGAGGCCGAAGGUUUCUCGGUGGAGGAGCCGCCGGCGUUGCCGCGCGGGGGUUUGAGGCGCCGGGCGUGGUUGUUGUGCGAGCACCCCGAGAGCUCGCCGGCCGCCCGCGUGGUGGCCCUGCUGUCCGUGCUGGUCAUCCUGGUGUCCAUCGUGGUCUUCUGCCUGGAGACGCUGCCGCAGUUCCGGCCCGGAGAGGAGGGAGAGCCCCCAUCACCCACCCCCACCAACACCACCACCCCCACCGCGCCCCCUCCCCACCGCUCGGGCCUGACCGACCCCUUCUUCCUGGUGGAGACCGUCUGCAUCUGCUGGUUCUCCCUGGAGCUGCUGGUGCGGCUGGUGGCCAGCCCCAGCAAGGCGGCCUUCUUCCGCAGCGCCAUGAACCUCAUCGACCUGGCGGCCAUCGCUCCCUACUUCAUCGCGCUGGGCACGGAGCUGGCGCAGCAGCGCGGCAUCGGCCAGCCCGCCAUGUCGCUGGCCGUGCUGCGCGUCAUCCGCCUGGUGCGCGUCUUCCGCGUCUUCAAACUCUCCCGCCACUCCACGGGCCUGCAGAUCCUGGGCCAGACGCUCAAGGCCAGCAUGAGGGAGCUGGGCCUGCUCAUCUUCUUCCUCCUCAUCGGCGUGGUGCUCUUCUCCAGCGCCGUUUACUUCGCCGAGGCCGAGGACGCGGCCACGGCCUUCACGUCCAUCCCUCAGGCCUUCUGGUGGGCGGUGGUCACCAUGACCACGGUGGGCUACGGGGACAUGGCGCCGGUGACGGUGGGGGGGAAGCUGGUGGGCUCGCUGUGCGCCAUCGCCGGCGUCCUCACCAUCUCCCUGCCCGUGCCCGUCAUCGUCUCCAACUUCUCCUACUUCUACCGGCGGGAGCUGCGCGGAGAGGAGCCCGGCGGCGCCGCGCCCGCCUCGCCCUGCCCGCACCACCCCGACACCAGCGGGGAAAGCGAGGCCAAGGCGGGCGGGGAGGGAUGGGGGGUGGACGGGGAGGCGGGAGGGGAGAAGGCGUGGGGAGGGGGGAGGUUGGUGACCGAGGUGUGA